UGGUCGCGGUGGUCGGGCGGUCCGCGGUCGGGCUGAGACGCGCGGCGCAAUGGCGACCUUUGUGAGCGAGCUGGAGGCGGCCAAGAAGAACUUGAGCGAGGCCCUAGGCGACAACGUGAAACAAUACUGGGCUAACUUAAAGUUGUGGUUCAAGCAGAAGAUCAGCAAAGAAGAGUUCGACCUUGAAGCUCAUAGACUUCUCACACAGGAUAAUGCGUCCUCUGCGUGUUCAGCUUGCUUUCUUGUCAUCACUCGGCAUCCAGUGUCAUUUACCAGGAAUAAAUUUCUCUGGGAAGUCAUCUGCGAUUGGCUGACCUUAUCAAGUGAGAACUGGAAUCACCUAAAAGAUAUACUGACAUCAGUCGUGUCAAGAAGGAAAGCUUAUCGGUUACGAGAUGGCCAUUUUAAAUAUGCCUUUGGUAGUAAUGUGACCCCACAGCCUUACCUGAAGAAUAGUGUAGUAGCUUACAACAACUUAAUAGAAAGCCCUCCGGCUUUUUCUGCUCCCUGUGCUGGUCAGAAUCCAGCUUCCCACCCGCCCCCUGACGAUGCUGAGCAGCAGGCCGCGCUCCUUCUGGCCUGCGCCGGGGACACGCUGCCUGCGUCUUUGCCUCCUGUGAACAUGUACGACCUUUUUGAAGCUUUGCAGGUACACAGAGAAGUCAUUCCUACACAUACUGUAUAUGCCCUUAACAUUGAAAGGAUCAUCAUGAAACUGUGGCAUCCAAAUCACGAAGAACUACAGCAAGACAAAGUUCACCGUGAGCGCUUGGCAGCCAAGGAGGGGCUUUUGCUGUGCUAAAUUAGGGUCUGAGGGUAUGGGACCCUCACCAGGUUGCUUACUGAAAAUUGAAUAUUUUUGGGGUCCACAUUUCAAGGCUGAAGUGUAUAGUGUAUAUGUAAACUUUCCUAUGGAAAUGUGACAUCAAGUACAUUGUGUGUUGCUACUGUGAAGCCAUUGACCUAGAUCUGAUUUUGAUAAUGAUCCGUAUCACUGUAUGCAUGUGCUCCCAGUUACGGGAGCAGGCACUGAUGAAGGUCUGUGCCUGGUGUGGAGAUGUUUGGGCAGCUGAGGCUUAGCGUCCUGUGGUCUGCAUGUGAGGUAGAUGACAUCUUAGAACAAAGAAGCUGUUCUAACGUCGUCCCCAUGGUCACAGGACAUCCAGGUGUUCAGUGACAUAUCAUAUAUUCUGUAUCUAAAAGUCUAAAAUUUCUGCCUUUCUGUUGAAGAACUGUGCUCUUGGAUUUUGGUUGAAAUAACCUAUACAGUGUUAAAAAUCAGAUACCUCCUUUAAUGACUAGUUUAAUUUUUAACAGCUAUAGGUAGGUCCCUGAAAAAAUCUGUCAUUACAACUCCAUGGAAAAUAUGACUUGGAAAUGCUGUGUUAUUACACAACAUAAAGGCCUUUCUUUGCAUGUAAAACCAACAUCAAACAAACAAAACCCUUGGAAUGCAAUUAAUUAACCUUAUAAAAUGUCUUCCCAUCACUCAUUUUUUUUAGAGUUAAUAAUGCCCAAAGACUUUGAUUGGCAGGUUCAUCUAUUAUUUUUGUAGAAUGUGCUUUAAGAAAUCUAUACAAAUUGGAUUUAUGCUUGAUAAUUCCUAUGAAAUAUCUAUUUCUACCCUUUCAAGUGAUAAAGUGAAGAUAAUUUACAUUUGACAGUGUUACUGAUAACCAACUUUGUUUUUUCAGAGAUAUCUUGGUUUUUGCUCAAGAAUAGUGUUGAUGGAUAAAUUAGAAUGUAUAGAUGGGUUUGUGUAGGUCUAAAUAAUAGAUGUACAGAUUUGUAUAUAUGGUUCACAUAUCUGGAUCUGUGUAUUUGAUUUUGUACUUUACAUGUGACAAAUAAACCUUUUGGGAGAAAA